GCGCUCGUGUUUCUGUACGGGCUUUGGAAACUGCAGCACCACCGGAAGUUCAUUCCAUGCUUUGAUUCGCGAAGAGACUAUACACUAUAAACUAUAAUUAUUUAGGAAUUUAACAAUUAAAUAGUUUUUUUACGACACACGAGACAUCAAUAAUGUCUGACAACGAAGACAAUUUCGACGACGGAGAUUUCGAUGAUGUUGAAGAUGAGGAGGCUCUGGAUGAUCUGGAGAACGUGGAAGAUGAGGAUCAGGAGCACGUUCAGAUCCUGCCGGCGGGCGAAGGACAGCAGGCCAAUCAGAAGAGGAUCACCACUCCGUACAUGACCAAAUACGAGCGCGCACGAGUGCUAGGGACACGAGCGCUGCAGAUCGCGAUGUGUGCACCAGUGAUGGUGGAGCUGGAAGGAGAGACGGAUCCACUGCAGAUCGCCAUGAAAGAACUAAAGAGCAGGAAGAUCCCCAUCAUCAUCCGUCGGUAUCUGCCAGAUGGGAGUUAUGAGGACUGGGGCUGUGACGAGCUCAUCAUCACUGACUGAGACACACACACACACACACACAGCAGUUUCCAGCUCAGAUCUCAAGUCUUCUGCUCUGGAGCUUCAUGUUUCAUCAAGCAGUUCCUCUGUUUGUCCACAGGAGGGCAGCACAAACACAUGAUAAACUCUCAGCAAAGAGGACCAGUUCACUCUCAAUCUCAUUAUUUAUUGUUCAUUCGUUUCCGUUUUAUUCAUGCAAUAUUAAACUUUUUUUGUAGAAAAUUA